CCUUGGAGUCGGGGGCGAGCGGUUCGAUCCGAGCGCCUCCUCAGCGCGGAGGCUGAAGGAGGCGGCGAUAGCGCAGCCCGGCGAGAAAAAGGCGGAGGGCUGGGACGGAAACCCGCAAGGAAACGGCAAAGGGGAGGGUUGGCCGGAGAGGCGAGCGGGUUGCCGAGGGCAUGCAGGGCGGCAACCGAUUGCAACGCUUGGAGCUACUGUUUGGAGGACGUCAUCUCCACAUGGAUGUGUUUACUAGCUAACAGAGGGAUGAAAAGGAAACUGACAUUUUCAUGGAACCCAGUGAAACAGAGCAAAAUUUCUCCCUGCGAUCGAUACAAACAUGCUUGCUGCAUCUGUAGAGGGUUUCUUUAUGUUUAUGGUGGCCGGAGAAAUACUAGCUUGAGUGAUUUCUGGAGAUUCAAAAUAGCGAGUAAUGAAUGGGAGGAACUGGACAAUUCAAACGAUGGCCCAGAAGAACUGGAAGAGCACACAAUGGUGGAUUAUCAGAAUAUCCUGUAUAUCUUUGGUGGAAUGGUGGAUUCAGCUUUCACACAGAAGAGAAAUCCUCUCUGGAUGUAUGACACAGAUGCAACCAAGUGGAUAGCCUGCCGGCUCCCAGCAAUAACUGGGGAGGUUCAGGUUCCUGUUAAUCGGAAGGGCCAUAGUGCUGUGGUCUACAGGGGCAAUAUGUACAUAUAUGGGGGAUACAUUGACAUUAAAGGUGCUUCCCAAGAAUUCUGGACCUUUCAUUUUGAUACAAAACAAUGGGCCUCUCUAUCAGCUGCAUCCAGUGGGAGUAGCCCAGGUCCCCGACAUGGUCAUUCUGCUGUGGUUUACGGCAAUGGCAUGUACUUGUUUGGAGGAUUAAUGGGACUGAGCGAACAGAAGGACUUCUGGAUGUGGAAUUUUAUAGCCACCAAUUGGUUCAGUAUCAGGAGAAGCCAGGGACCUCCAAGAGUGGUGGGACAUUCGGCUUUAAUCUUGGAAGAUUCCAUGCUAGUCCUUGGCGGAGGCAUUUCUAACAGUAACCCAAAUAGUACUUUGUGGCAAUAUCAUUUUCCAUCUCAAACGUGGAUAAAAUUGCCUAGCUCAGAGGCACUUUCCUCCAAAGCUUAUCAUCAGAUGCUGCCAACUGGAUUUGGUAUCCAAGGGACUGCUGAUUGCCCACUGAGAUCGCUUGGUUCCUUGAAGUCUAAAGAAAAGGGUUGUUCAAGGCUACUGACUCUUUCUAAGCAGCACACCUGUUUUUUUGAGUAUCUUCACGAGGAGCCUACAUACCAGAUACUCAACAAUGAGGGUGGCUCCGACAUAGAAAUGAAAACGUUUUGCCAGUCUUCAAGGGAUUCUCUAGGAUUCACCCCCUAUCAAACCACAACCAGUGCAGAAUUGAAUUCAGAUCCGGCAGCAGAGUUGCUGUGUGAAGAAAGAACCUCGUAUCUCAACGUUGCCAAGGAACAGGAAGUUGCCACCAUGGAUCUAACAGAUGGAGGGCCAAGCUUGGACACUCUGAAAAAUGAAUGUGGAGACAUUUUUGAAUCCUCUGUUGUGAUGCUACUUGUUGGCGGUAAACCUCUGUCCAGUUCGUCUGCAAUCUCAUUUUGGCAAAUUGAACUAAAUGGAACUUAAAUACCAGACCACUCUCAGGAGGCAGAAGACAUGCCUCAGUUCAGUGAACUCAGUG